GGCAGUGAGUAGCUACGCCGGCAAAUUAUUAUGCAAAAGAGACUUGCACAAGUGUAAUUAAUUUUUGUUUAGCUUAACUUUUGGCUUACUCAUUGGAGAUAAACUUAUCACCAACAAUAAACACAUCUCAUAUAUAUAACCAGCAGAAAAAAUAAAGCUAUAAAAAGGUUGUACGUCCAGCUUCCGUCAUGGGAAUUGAGAGACUCUUGCCGUGCAGCGUGAAAAUCGCUAAACUCAUACAAAAGUCCAGUUGUGAUGUACUCUGUAUCAUCGAUCGUCAAGUGCCGCCAGAGUUGGUGGAGCAGUUCGGUGAAAAUCGCGCAUUUGAUAAGGCUUUUGAUAGUGUGGUUUCAUGUUUUAAAUCAAACAAGCUGGACUUGCCCAUAGUUUAUUCGCCCGUACAGGAAUUGACAGAUUAUCAUGAUGUGCGCACUUAUCAGAAAGCCGCAGCCAAGUCAUUGGAGCGCGCCAUUAAGGCUGGCUUCAAGUCGCCUUUGCUGUUGGUGCCUGCCAGCAAUCGCUUCUCCAAUGCCGAACUUUGCACCGUACUGGGUGCUUUGGAUCAAUUAUAUGUUCCGAUUCAACUGCGCGAAGAUGUGCCCCAGCAGGCGAAGCGUAUUAAGGAACUAUCACUUUUGAUUAAUACUCCCAGAGCUGAAGAAAUAAUAAAGGAUGCUUUGGUUUUGGAGUCAGGUCGUAUGGUAGCACGCGAUAUUGGUGUUGGCGAUCCAGAACGCAUGGCGCCACCUCGCGUCGAAGACUACGUCAACAGCGUACUGUCGUCGCUGAAGAAGGAAGUGAUUAGUGAUUUGAAUGUGUUGCAAGAGGAUUAUCCACUUUUCGCCGCCGUCAAUCGUGCUGCCAAUCAAGUUAGUCGUCAUCGCGGCCGCAUCAUCUUCCUGGAGUAUGUGCCACCACAACCGGCACGCAAGACCCUCAUGUUGGUGGGUAAGGGUGUCACCUACGACACCGGUGGCGCUGACAUUAAGGCCGGCGGUGUGAUGGCCGGUAUGUCGCGUGACAAGUGUGGUGCCGCCGCUGUUGCUGGCUUCAUGCAGAUUGUCAAUGAGCAAAAGCCUGCCGAUGUGCAUGUCUUUGCUGCACUGUGCAUGGUACGCAAUUCCGUUGGUGAAGAAUCUUAUGUAUCCGAUGAGAUUUAUACCUCACGCGCCGGUGUACGCAUACGCAUUGGCAACACCGAUGCCGAGGGUCGCAUGUGCAUGGCGGAUGCUUUGUGUCGCAUGAAGGAGAUCGCCGUGGAACGCAAACUGCCCGAUCCACAUCUCUUCACUAUUGCUACAUUGACCGGCCAUGCCUGUAUCUCAGCUGGUGAUGGUUACUCGAUUGCCAUUGACAAUAGUGUGGCUCAAAAGGCUGGACAUGCACGUCUGUUGCAAGAGACUGGUCAGUCAUUUGGUGAACCCUUCGAGGUGUCCGUAUUGCGUCCAGAUGAUUUCGAUUUCAACAAGGGUAAAGUGAUCGGUGAAGAUCUUGUGCAAGCCAACAAUGCACCAUCGACACGCACACCCCGAGGACACCAGAUUCCAGCCGCAUUUCUCAUUCAGGCCACUGGCUUGGACAAGCAUGGUCUAGAGUCCAGCGUACCACUCAAGUACACACACAUCGAUGUCGCUGCCAGCGCUUGCGUAUUCCCAGAAGUACCAACCGCCGCACCCAUUGUGGCCUUGGCUAAGACCCACUUGUAGAUUUUUACAACCGCUUUGCAUUUCAGAUCUGUAUAAGAAAUCUUUUAAUUUUUUGUACUUAUUUCCGCAAAUAUGCAUGUAAUUUUGUUACACUAAACACUACGAAAUAUAAUCACAAUGAAAUUCACCGCUAAAAA